GUUCGCGCAGCUCUGGUGCUGUUGGGUUCUUCCUCCACACUGCCAUGAACAGCAUGGAUUUGAAAUCUCACUGCCGACGCCCUUCAUUUUAUCAAGAUGAUCUAUUUAUCAGGUGGCAUUUAACCACACUUUAAUGCGGCCAGUUCCUCCUCUGUCCUGUUGAAAACCUCAAUGGCCAACGUGAAAGUCGCAAUUCGAGUCCGUCCUCUAAACUCAAGGGAAAGUGUGGAUGGAGGGAGAAUAGCAGUACAGGUGGAUGACAAAGUGGUGAGAGUAAGAAAUGUGAAGCCGGAUGGGCGUCUGGAUGGGCGAGCCGAGGCUCCAGGUGACUCCAGAGAGAGAGUGUUAGAGUUUGGCUUUGAUUACUGCUACUGGUCGGUGAACCCCGAGGCACCCAACUAUGCAUCACAGGAGGAGGUGUUCCAGGAUCUGGGUAUGUGCGUGUUGGCUGGAGCAACUGAAGGCUACAAUGUCUGUCUGUUUGCGUAUGGACAGACGGGCUCAGGGAAGACGUACACCAUGAUGGGCAAUCCAGAUUCUAUUGGAUUGACGCCAAGGAUUUGUCAAGGGCUGUUUCAAUCUGGUAUAGACUCUCCUGAUGGACAGAACUGCAGAGUUGAAGUUAGUUUCUUGGAGAUCUACAAUGAGCGGGUGCGUGAUCUGCUGAGAGGGCCGGACCAGAAAAAGCCAGCGGCCCUACGUGUGAGGGAGCACCCAGAAAAAGGGCCAUAUGUGCAGGGUCUCACUCAGCAUGUGGUGGAGGACAGCAAGCAGGCAGCAGAUUUGUUGGAAGAGGGCAUCGCUAACCGCAUCACAGCUGCCACACAUGUUCACGAUGCUAGCAGCCGAUCACAUGCGAUUUUCAGCAUCCAGUACACACAGGCGAUACUAGAGAAUAACCUUCCAUCUGAAAUAGUGAGCAAGAUCAACUUAGUGGACCUGGCUGGCAGUGAAAGAGCAGAUCCUAAUUACUGCCGGGAUCGGAUUACUGAAGGAGCCAACAUCAACAAGUCUCUAGUUACUCUGGGAAUUGUCAUAUCUGCUCUUGCUCAGAACUCUCAGAUGUGCAGUAGCAGUCAGAGCAUUAACAGCAUGCUGAGUGAGGGAGAAGCCAGCACGGUUGGGAGUCAGUCCAGCUCCCUGUCUAGCAGCAGCCGCAGACACUGCUUCAUCCCCUACAGAGACUCUGUCCUCACCUGGCUCCUCAAAGACAGCCUGGGUGGCAACUCCAAAACCAUAAUGAUCGCAACAAUCUCGCCUGCUUGCAGCAGCUACAACGAGACUCUGAGCACUCUCCGCUAUGCUGCUCAUGCCAAGAACAUUGUCAACAAGCCAAGAGUCAAUGAGGAUGCCAGCGUGAGGCUGAUCAGGGAGCUUCGUGAAGAGAUCGAUCGACUGAAGAGCAUGCUGCUGAGCUUCUCUAUGCGGAGAAACCCCAGCCCGUCUCUGAGUGAUGAGAGAGACAGCAGCCUUUCAGACAUAGUGCUGCAGAAUGAACUCAAGGUGGAACAGCUUACUAAAGACUGGUCGGAGAGUUGGCGGGAUAAGCGAGCUCUUCUGGAGCAGUACAGUGUGGACAUUAACCAGGACAGGGCAGGAGUUCAGAUACAUUCUCUCCGACCCCACCUCAUCUCCCUGGAACCAGACGUCCUGAGCACAGGAGUCACUAUUUACCACCUCCGGGAAGGAAUCACCAGAAUUGGACCUCAAGAUCCAAGUGAGGAAGAACCCCAUAUUGUCAUGCCAGAGGGUUCUGUUUGUGAAAUUGAGAAUCAGAAUGGAGUUGUUACCCUCAAACCCCUACCACACACAGCCUGCACGGUCAACGAUAGAGAGGUCACUGAACCUUGUCGACUCGCACAAGGUGCAGUGAUAACAUUAGGAGGAUGUCACAAGUUGCGGUUUAACCACCCUGCAGAGGCAGCAGUUCUGAGAGAGAGGAGACGUAUCAUUGAAGGUGGUCCACUUUUCAGCUCAUCUGAGCUUAGCGCUCUCACACAUAACUCAAGGGCAGAGGAUGUAGGCAGUCAGGAGGCCAGUGACAGGUUAGCUCCCUGGCGGAGGCUGGAGGAGCAUCAAUGCUACGUGGAAUGUUUGCGUGAGGAGAUCCUGCUGGAACAGAGAAGAGCUGAGAAAGACUUGGAGAGAGAGCAGGCCCAUCUUCGAAAGCAACACUCUGAGAUCCAGCAGUGGAUCUUGCAAGAAAAGCAGCGUCUUGUUGCCAUCAGGGAGAAGGGAACGCUCGACUCAGGGGUGCAGACAGAUGUCGUUCCUCUGCCUGCACUGGCUGGCAUUAACGAGAAGGAGAACAGCAGUGAAACAGUGCGUCCAUCACUAAUUGUGGGUGAUAGGAAACGGGUGGUGCAAGAAGAGCUCCUCAAGCACCAUGCAUUCCGAAGAAAUGAGAAUCGCAUUCGGCGCAAGAGACUGCGCUACCAGCUGGAAAGAAUAGCUCGUAAGAGACACCUGCUAGAGGCAAAGCAAGAGCUUCAGAGACUGGAGACUGCCCUUUCACUCAGAGUUGAUGGACCUCUGUCCCCUGAUUUAGGAUCUCCUUCAACGCGCAGAGGACGUCCAGUGGUCUUGCGAAGGCAUUCCUUUUCUGUUGACCUUUUAUCCCGACUUUACCCUCAACAUUCACCCAUUUUCAGCCAGUUUCUUAGGAGGACCAAAUUAUCUGAGUCAACAUCAUCUCUGUCUAGGGUUAUCUUUCCUAGAAGAUGGGUGUCUGAUGAAUGUCUACCAGGCAAACCUAGAGGCCGCUCUAACACUAUGCCCUCAAGAUAUAGUCAAGGGACUUCAAGUAGGACAGGCUCCUCUGAGAACAUCAAAAUGUUUGGAAAGGAAAACAUACCAUCUGAAGGAAUGACUGAGAAAAACGCUCAAUCAUCAGUCUGGAAUCAUAACAUGGAUUCGGAUAAUAGAGAUAGUAAGAAGGUACUUCCGAUAAUAAAGCAAUCAAGUACACAAAAAAACUCAGCUAAGGGAGGAAAGAGUUCAACCCAUGAAGGAAACAAGGGCUUGGAGACAAUCCGCAAAGCUCUUUCUCGAUCAGUUGGCUUUGGAAUAAAGAUGGCUUUGUCAAGGGUUUUCCGCAAGCCUCCUUUAGGGUCACGAGGUGGCAAAAGUGCUAAGUCCGCUAGCAGAGUGAAAACUCAAUUUGCCAUGGAAGGAAAGAAAGACAAAUUUGUAGGAGACGUGGAGACAAAGCAGCUAAAGUCCUCUAUUAAAUCUACAGUGUCUUGUGAUGGUUUAGACCAGCUCAUCUCAUUAAAAGAGAAGAAGCACGGACGCUGGCAUAGUGCAGAGACCCUGACUAAAAAGACCAUGAGAUGGGUCAAGACCCAACAAGAUCUGACUGACUGGGUAGAAAAAAAUGGUGAAGGAGUGGUUGAUGACUCUUCAGACUGUGACAGCAUUUUUUCAGUGGACUCCCUUUCAUCAGCCUAUGCCACUGCAUUGGCGGAGCAGCUUCAGCAAGAGGACUGUGAGCCGAGUGAAGUAGAGAGUGAGGACAGUCAGAUGUCCAAGGACUCACUUGUCAAGAAAAGUAGUGGGAGCACUGAUGCAAGGCCAGUUCUGAAGCUUGGUCACUCCAUUCGUCAUACUUUCCAUUCAACAUCUAAUCCACAAUCAACCACAGGUAGAGAAAAAAAGGAAGAAUCCAAAGAAAUACCUGAAGAGCUUUUCAGGGGUCUACAUGGUCAAAAGGUAAUAAGACAAGCAAUAGAGGAAUCCUCACACUUCUCACAAGUAACAUCUGAUUCCCGGCACUCCAGUGAUGCCAAUGUCAGAGAAACGGAAGCUUUCCUUGCACUCACAGAUGCAUGGUCAUCCACUGAUGCAGCAGAUAGUCCUAGGAUCCUUGGGGCUUCAGAGACCUCGUUGAAACUAUGUAUACUAUCAGAGACCAGUAGCAGCCAAAGUCAGGCUAGUCUAGAUCUGUCUGGUACAACAACUGGAUCUGAAUGCCAGAUAUCACCCCGUUUUGAUUCUACACAAGGCAAUAAUGCGACAGUUAAGGAACAAAGUCACACAUCCUAUGAAAGGAAAACCGUCUUGGACUAUUUUUUGAGUGAUCUUACCUCUACGUCCUGUUCUGCACCUGAAUGCACAUUAUUGCAAGAAAAUAAUGGGCUGUUGCGUAAUUUUGAGGCACCGAGCACUUCUCUAGAGGCUUCCAUCGCUCAGAACACAAUGAGCAAGAACACAUAUUGCACAAACAAACCACCACCACCAGAAUUACUGCCAUUAGAAACGAUUGAUGUUGAUAUGCUAAUGGUCAAUGCACCUUCCAAAGAGAGAGCUGUUCUGUCUGGUUGGAGUUCUUCAGCAUGCUUCCCAGGUAAUUCCCCCCCUGGUAAGAACUUAAAAAGCAGUUCUACAAAACAAACUGAACGUAUCCCAUCAGCUGAUGAGAGUGUCCUCACUAAAAGCUUUGCACCACAAAAUAGCUUAAUAGAAUCAAAACAGGAAACACAGUCCGAAGAACGUUUCAUUGCCGAAACACAAUCCAGAAAUGGUAAUAUUUUCUCAAAUUGUGAUGGACAAACUCAUCUAGAAAUUCAGCAUUCUCACAGUACACUUCAAUCAGGAAAUGCUUUGAAAUGUAGUAAUAAGCAGAAACCCAUAUGCUCCAGUAAGGAACUCCAUCAGUCAGCAGUACAUAGUUUGAAAAUAGAGAAUGAUUUUCAUUGUGAGCCACAAAGCAUAAUGGAGCAUCUGAUUAACCAUGUUGAAAAGGAGGUGAGUGAUGAAAAGACCUUGGUGCAGCAUCAGGUUCAGUGCACAGAAAAAUUUUCAGAGUGCUGUGAUACAAGAAAUACAAAAGAUUACCCUUUUGAAAUGAACAUCAAGUCAGACCGUGCAAACGAAGUGGCUGCUUCUUUAAGAUACUGUGAUGCUCAACUCGAACCCUUUAAUGUGCACACAAGAAAAAGAAGCAAAGAUUCUCAAGAUGAUUUAACGGGAAAUCUGAAAACCCGAAAGAGAAGCUGUGUUAAGUCCCUUGUACCUGGUGAUUCUGCUGUAAAUAAUGUGCCAUUCAUGUUUAAUGACAUCAGCAGAGACUCAACAGGCAAACUGUUACUAACAGAAAAGGAUAUACCUGGAGAUAAUUUGUCCCAAACAUUUCAGCAAGAUUGUAAAACUGCAUCUAUGGACAAUCAUAUCAACAUGUACCACAACAGCAGUACUCCUGUUGCCAGAUCUCUCUCUGAAGACAGGCUUGCAUCUACAGUAACAAAAGAACAGAAAGUGUCCACCAUUCCCAUGAAUAAAAGUGAAAUGCCGUGUAUGCCAGACGUAAAAACUUCUGAUGUUAAGGUUGUAGACAAAGGAGUGUUUGAGAGCUGUACAUUCCAAAAGAUUGGCCUUACGAUAAAUGACAAAAUAUCAGAAGUGGUGAAGGAACACCUGAACUUGUCAUUGCAAGUGGAUGGUGGUGAAGACAUUAAUGAAGAACCAGAGACAAACAACAAAACAUCUUCAGCAACCAACAUUUAUACUCUUAAGAACAAUACUGAAAUUACAGCUGAGGGCUUACAAGGAGAACUUGACAGUUCUCAGACAUUUCCAUGUGUGACUGAAUAUUUUGUUGAUGAUAGAGAGAAUCUGGACAACACAGAUGACUGUUUGAGAGGCCAAUAUAUAGUAAAAAAUCCCACUGAGAAAGAAGUACUAGACCACCAAGGAGUUGGAUUCCUUAGCAGUUGUCCAGCUUUGUUGGUGAAGAACAGUGCAGAAAUAGAAAAUUUAGAGAAUCAUAAUGCAUAUGGACCUGUGCCCCAAGAUUUGAAAAUAAAGCUACCAGAAUCAAACACUGUCCUAUGUCCAGUACCAACUGAUAAUCAUCCAGAAUUGUUAAAUACCAGCCAUUCCAGUGGUCUAAUCGAUGAAGUGAUCAGUGAAAGUAACACAACUAUACAACUGACAUUGAUGUCUACUUGUAAACAAAGCCCUGUAAUUUUAUCUUCUGAUUAUGUCACUGUGGCUGAGGAACAUGAUCAGUUCAGUCUGAGGAAAACAGAGACUAUACCAAUCGAUAAAGUCGUUCACAAUCCGGCUCCUACAGGAACAUCUGUAAGGAAUGAAGACAACGGAUUUGAUCUUUCAUCAUAUACACAACAUAAGCCAGGUAUUUAUCCUGAAGAAAACAGCAUUUCAGGAGCUUCAAAUCCUGAAACGGAGUCCAGUCGUUGCUCAGAAGCUGUGGUGAACCACAUUGCCUCAGACAUGCUUAAGGAGGCAGUGGAAGCAAGCAAAGUAAAUACGGCACCUAAAUUUCAGCAGGUGCUGGAGUUAAACACUGUUUCACAUCUUGACACUGAGUCAGCAAUUCAAUUUCAAAAGGAGAAUGAACACUCAUUUACUUCAGACAGAGCUGAACAUGUUCCAGGUACUGAUUCUAGACCACUUAAAAAACAAGUAUACCAAGAAUGUGCUGAAGAAAAACAUGGUUUUAUGACACAAGAACAACUUCAUGGUGGACAGAACACAAAUGAAACAGAGGACAAUAUCAUGGACUUUGAAAACCACACUUGUUCAGGAAAACUACAUAAAGAGACCACAGUUUCUAAAUCAUGCCAGGCUCUGGUGGAGCUACAGAGAGACAACCAAACACAAAUCAUCCAAAGUGUCAUUAUGAGUGAAAUGCAUUCAAGCUGUCCUCAAAAUGAAGAUCAAUCAUUGUGUAAAGAGGACCAUACACUGCAGAGAAGGAACAUUCAGGAACAGUGUGUGAAUGUUCAAAAAGAACAGAAGCAUCCGUAUCAACUGCAAUCUCAAGACUUAUCCAUCCUUUCUAAGUCUGUACAAAGACCAGAGCAGACGGACAUGAGAGAGGCAAAUACACCGGAGCUUAAAUUUUCUACAUCUGGGUCAUUAGACUUGAAAGAACCAAUUCAAGUUCAAAUUGAAUAUACUGAAAAAACUAAUGGAGUGAAACAGCCUGCAACAAUAUAUAGUUCAAGACUCGUAUUUUCUAGGACUAAUGAAGAGCGACAGAGAGUAAAGCCAAAGAGACACAGGAAAGCCCAUUUUACAGCUCCAAUAAGUUCAUCCACUGAUUCAACACCUGAUUCAUCCUUAGAUGAGAUAGCUAAAUCCAGAGUACAUAAAUGUGGCAUUGCCACUCCAGCCAUACCUGGCACAUCUUCUCCUGGAAAAGCAACAACAGAAAAUAGAAAUAUCUCAUCUGAUGAAUCAAGUUCAUUUCUGUCUUUAGAAAUUAGUCCAGGAUCAACAGCAUCAAAAUCAAAACAUAAUCAGUGUUACGGGACUGGCUCUGAUAAUCCAUACUUUUACAUCAGAGAUGUUACCACAGAGGAAGUGAGACAGAAAAAAUGUAAUUUUACGGCAAAGCUAUUUAAAAUUCCUGGUCAAUCGAAGGGUGAUGAAACAAUUCAGUUAACCAGAAGCAAUUCUACUAAACACGUAUCACAUGAAAAUAACAACGAGAGACCAAAAUCAUUUGAGAAUGAUUCCAUCCAAGAUAGAGAACCAGUUCUACAUUUUGGUUCAAGUGACAUCAACCCCUUUGUUCAUACAAGAAAAAAGGAUCGGUUACUUAAAGCUGCAUACAAAAAUCAGCCUUUUGGAAGUGCAGUCAAUAUAUCCAGUCAACUUUCCUCACUUGAAAGUUCAAGCAAUGGUAUAGCAAGAUGCUGUAGUAUGGACAAUGGGUUGAAUGUCCAGAAUUCUCCUUUCAGUUCUCAUCUGAGCACUUAUGCAGUCCAGAAAGGGCUUUCUAGCACAUUGAGUAGUGCUGAAGAUUCCAAAGAACAUAUUUCUACAGAACCCAAGCUGAGGGAAGCUUUUCGUACCCCAACUAUUUGUAAUGAGAAGAUCUUAACAGCUUCAGGCAGUGACUCUUGCAAUGAUACCUUAGACUUAGCCAGUAGUUCAGGCCAAGUAGAUGAAAUAGUGCUGGUCUACUCUUCUGAACAUGAAAGUCAGGAAAGUAAGCAAGAUUCAAGAAAAUGUGACCAUGGUACCCAGACAGUCAAGUUUUAUGAGGACCAGGAGAAGAAGAACAGACACAGGAGGAGCAGUACCCAGGUUCCUGUGUCCAGACAGGCGCAAGAAAGAUCAACCACAUGGACAAGUCUACAGAAUAUGUCUGAACAUCUUUCUGAGUUGAUUCUCAGCACGUCUGAUCUUCUGGGGAACAUUCAGUGUAUGAGAACAGGGGAAAAUUCUAUGGAAAAUACGCCUCCUUUAAAAACUUGCAGUAAAGUUUCAAAGGUAAGCUCUGACAAGUAUUGCAAGAGUGAUGGCUCCACCCAAACUGCAAUAGAUGUUGGGAUCCAAACUGAGGACAUUGCACUGCUAAUGAAACAGAACAAAGUUCUCCAAAGUACCCCGCUCGUACAGAACCCCAAAUCCCACGAGGUCAAUGUGAUCGUCAAAGUUAUUGGCUCCGAAGUUUGCAACAUACCAAAGCACGAUGGUGUCAUCAAUUCUAUUAAAGAUCAGUGUGACAGCAAACAGACCUUUGAAACUGUUAAAAGUAAUCCUGACUUGUGUCCUGGAGGCUCACCUUCCUCUGAGCAGUUUAGUGGAAAGUUGGACACUGUAAAAAUUCUCUCCCUAGAAACAGUUGCACCAAAUCAGCACUGUUUCAAUCCUGUCACGGUAGACCAUAAAGCUUCCAACGCUUUUGCAGUUUGUGUUCAGAGAAAAUGCACUUCUCAAAUGUUAGCAAAGGACAAUCAAACACAUCAGCAAAUGAAGCCAAAGAAUAACCCUGAUAAAAGGGUGAUGCUUAUCGACCGUGCCUCUUCACCUAUUCUCACUGUGGAUGUGGCAAGUUUACAGAAAGGGAAAAUCAAAUCUGGUACAAUCCACACCCCCACUGAGAUGCUCUCAAAAACUGAAAACAAACCAGUGUCCACCAGUAAACCUAAGUCACAGUAUCAAAGAGAGAAUUUUUACACAUAUCAAACUGUAAACAAAUCAGUGUCUUCCAUGUCUCUUGAGAACCUAAGUAACCACAGUUGUGUACAUUUAGGUGCACCAGAUGCACACUCUACAGAAGUCUCAUCCAGCAGAUACAUACAAAAUGGAAGAAAGAAACACUCUCAUGGAGUGCGAAGCAAAGAAGCAAGCCAAGCUAUUUGGUGCAGUCCCCUGUCUCAUAGUCACUCUUCCACUGUCAAACACAGGAAACCUGUAGACUUGAGCCAAGACACAUUACAAUCCUCAACACCCAUUAAUCAAAGCCACAGCAGCAGCAUGCAGGAAUAUAAACACAGACUAUGUAAAAAUAUGAGCUGCUGGGGUGAUGUGAGCAAAGACACUCUCCAAUACCAAGAGGAAGACAGCAUGUCUUUGGCUCCGAGUGACUGCAAUACAGACAUCUUGGUCAGCAUUAACCCACUCACUGAAGCCAGUCCACUCCAAGAGGAUUACUGGAUUCCUGAAAACCUGCCCAUGCACAACAAGUUCACCAACUGGUCAGGCAUCAGUCAGCAGCCACCAGCCAGGCUCACUAAGGAAAGCAGUACAACUAUGGAGAAAUCCCCAGAUAUUAACACACAUAGUCUCCACCUACGUUCAGCAGAGUCAGAGAGUCUUGGGUACAGGUACAAACCAGAGCUCUUGGAAUCAGCAGAUAGACGGAGCAGAGAAAUUGAGAGACUGCGGAAGGAACGGGAGCAGGUACUUGCCUCUAUGCAAUUAGAUACGAGUCCUCAUCCGCUCAGUGUAGAGCUCGCAGAGGCCAAGUUGCACUAUGGCCUGGGGAAGACAGACACUCUGCUAAACAUGCUGAAGUCCAGUUCCAGAAGUCCAGUUGCAGAGUCUACCAUCUCUACCAAACAGCAGCUGUAUGACAGGCACAGGAGGAGUAUUGAUGGUUUAAGGAAAGAGAGAGAAGAUCGUCUUCAAACGUCCCGCCGAGCUCGAAGUCUCAGCCCCAGCAAGCAUCCGAACUCAUCAAAUCACUUGACAGAACAGUCUGAAAGACCUGUGGGUCUACCCAGCCGGCAGCGAGAAUAUCUGCAACACCUACGCAAGGAAGUAGUGGAGAUGAGCAGGGUUCCAGAUCCACCUAGAAGAGAGGGUCAGUAUCCCACUGAUAUUGAACUCCUUCUGCGUGACUACAGUCGUGCACGUGAGGAAGCGAAGACGGAGAUUGCCAGAGCGCGAGUGCGGUUACGUGAGAGGACGGAGCAGGAGAAGCGGAGAUUGGAGCAACAAGCUCUCACACAGUCUGUAAAGGAUCAUAUGAGACUUUGUACACGUGUCAGUAAUAGCACCUUGUGCACUGGUUCCAACUUAAGUCUCUCUUCUGGACCUACAUCUGGCUACAACAGUAGUAAUGCAGCUGUACUGAAAGACAGUACCUCACCAUCUAUACAGAUCACUCGAGUCUCAGAUGGAGAGUUAAGAAUCAGAUCUCGACCUCCCAUGAUCCCUCCUCAAAGUUUAAAGGCUCCUCGUGCAUGGCUAUCAGCUCAGGAUAUUCGUGUGGAGAGCUCCUCCUCGGGAUAUGAGCUUCACUCCUCCUCCUCUCCUUCAUCUCCUCCUGGAAGACAGCGCACCUGUUCCUUUAGCUCUCCCUCAUCUAUUUCAAUUUCAUACCAAGACAUUGCAGACUGUACUCUCACAAGUGCAAUAUCAGAGGUUCAUUUAGCCUCUGGAGGAGAUGUAAGGAAUCUGCUGGCAGGAAGCGCCGAAGCUGGCUGGAGACACCAUGGCUUAGAGAACGGAGUACAGACCUUCCACCGGCCCUCCUCCAGACCCUCUGCUCACGGGUUUUUGGGUGCCAUGGAACUGGAGAGACCCCUUGCUAGUCUGUGGAGUUUAAUCCGAGAUCACUCCAAGACUCAUCUCUACAACACAUCUCUAAAGUCUGCCUGGACACGAUUGCUAGAUGACGCUACACAACUAGUCUACCUGCUGACUGACCCGUCCAGCUGUCAUAUGAAGCAGCCGCGGGAUUUCUGUUGCCUGAGCACUGAGGCCAAACGGGAUGACAUGUGGGUGUUGGCCAUGCAGUCUGUAUUUGAAGAGUCUCUCCCUCGCCCAAGUGUGGACACUGUACGUGGAGAGAUGUUUCCCAGCGCAUGGAUACUUCAGCGCAGUCAGCGGCAGGGUCGAGAGAUUGUUACAGUUAUCUAUCUACUACAGGUUGAUUUGGGAACUCCAACCCUGCCUCAGAGACUGCUGAAAGUUGUGGCCAGGAAGCAAGCAGCUGUAAUCGCAGACCUUGAUUCGUUUUUGUCCUUGUGACAGAGCAGGUCACUAAUAAGCACUUAAAAGCCCUUAAAGGUCUUUUCUAACAUUUGCACCUCAUUACUUUUUUUUUUUCUGUUCUGUUAUUUUGGUUCUCCUCAGAGCACUGAUAAUUAGUGUAUUUAUAGAAAGAUACAGUUUGUGAGAUUAUAUUGAUACUAUUCUACAUUGUGCAUACUCUUUAUGGUGCUUUUUUUUUCGGCCAAAGACUGGACAAAGAAUUCACAUAGGAAUAUUUAAGUUUUUGUCCCAAUCACCCAUAAGCUUUAUUUGUAAAAGUACUUGACAUUAAAUUGCUUUGUACAUAUCUCUACAUAGGAUAACGCAAAUCAGUCCAAUAUUUUUCUAUGUGUAGCAAAGCUCAUUUUAGUGAACGUCCAAAUCUAAGCUGAUCUAUUUGAAACUUGAAUUUGCAAAGACAUCUUUUUGAUUGCUCAUGUCAGAAUGUAUAAUAUGCAGCCCACUGCUCCUGCAUGGACAUGCACAGUAUAUAUCUUGGCGUCUACCCAUAGGUAGAGCAAACGGCUACAUUUCUGCACUACUCUACACUAAAAGUCGUAUAAUGCUGAGCAGAAGCUACAAAUAGACUCGUGUUUUUGCCAGUCUUUCUGACUAUUGCCACAUGGUGGCAUUUGCAGUAUUUUUUACUUAUGCAAGAAAUAUGCAAUGUGGUGUCCUAAGCUUUCCUAAAUGAUUCUCUAGCACGAACAAACUUCAUCACACUCGCCGUCAUAGUAAACACAGUUGUUUAAUACAUUUGAUAACUACUAGAGAUCUAGUCUCAGAGUAAGCUUUUAUUCUGAAGUUGCUCUAGUACAACUGUUUAUGAAUCGAGUGAGACAAGUGGCCACUACAGUGCUAGGGCUGUGUGAAGUGUCACUGAAUUUGAAAUCAUCCUUUAGGGUGGAGAAAAUCAAAUCAAUGUAUUUAUUUAUUUUUUAAUAAAUUUGUGUAUAAUGUAAAAAUGUUAUAUAAAACCAUCUCUCACCAGUCUGUAUUGCGUGGACAUACUGUAUUGUAUCUGUAUUGCGUGGACAUACUUAUUUGACUCUAGAUUGAAGUGCUGAACUGGAUGUGCAGCAUAAAAUACAUCCCUCACCACACACCCCUGUCUUUGUUCACAUCAUUAGAACAUAUAAAGGAAUUGAAAAAGCCAUUGAGUGGUACUGACACCUGGAGAUUGUGGCUAUGAGAAUAACACUGAGAGAGAUGACCCUUAUACACGUUUAAAGUCAAGGUCAAAUGAAUUAUUGACUAUGUAAUUAGAUCAGGAUUUUCUUUUAAAGCACUGUAGAACGGGAUUUAUGUGAAGUAAAAGCCCCAAGUGAAGAACCUGAAAGAGAAAGAGAAAAAUCCUGUGACUUAUGUUCCUCUGUUUCUUCUGUUCUCUUUAACAUUUUUAUUGUAUAUACUGUACCAGUUACCUGACAACAAAUAUUGCCAUAUGUAAUCACUCCUUUUUGAAUGUAAAAUAAAUUUUUUUGGACAUUUUUUGUUAACUUUUAUUUUUGUGUAAUUUUUUUUCUGCUUUUUAUAAUUGCAUAUUUAUGUUUUUAUACUUUUGUUAAAUAUAAAAGGUUGAUUUUCCAAA